GACUUGCUGAAAAUUAAAUGAAUGGAUUUGAACCAAUUUAUGACUGAUAAUUCUGAUAUUUUUUUGCUUACACCAACGGGAAGUGAUAGAUGAAAGUGAGGCUGGUGCAAGAAAGGUGUUACAUAUAAAGUCGAUAUGCUGUAGUAGCAAAGAAGAUUUGAGAAGAUGAGUGACACGAAUCAACGAGAAUCUCCUUGGCCUUCUCCCCUAGUCGCCAAUUUUUCUUAUUUCUCGGCCGAAUCAGAUAUCACGAGAGGGAUCUCAAGCAGUGCUUCUAUGCAAUGAACACAGAGCAUGAGGAAGACGAUGAUGAAGCCAACCAAAACAACAAAGUUUGCUCUUUGAGAGCCGCAUUUUAGAUUCUGGCAAAGAGGAUACUCCGUAUUUCCACUUUCAAAGUAAGCAUUUUUGUUGGUCCAUUUCUAUAAAAAUUCCCUCUUGUUUGCACAGUUUAAUCUGUCACUGAUCUCCGAGUAAAGUGAGGAGGCGGGGAAGGCUUAUCCAUAGCCGGGAGCAUCAAAGCAUUGUACAUUCAACAAUUAGAUGCCAUUAUAGUCUUCAAUUCCCAAAUGUCUCACGACACCCUAGCUGAUCUGAUCCGGCAAGUCAAGAUCCUGACCCGGAAAGAAUCCGGCUUACCGGACUACGAUCCGAAAGAUCCGACCCUCCCCCCGCUGCCUUCUGUCUCCGCCACCGUUGCCACCUUGGACCCUUCGCCUCCCAACCUCCGCUGCAAGCGCUGCCGAGGGCGGCUUCUCAGAGGGCUGCAAUCUCUGAUUUGCAUUUACUGCGGCCUGAAACAGCACCAGAAGGACGACGCAUCAGCCCCCGAACCCAUUUCAUUUAACUCUACUCUUAGCUAUCGCUUGUUGCUGCAGUCACUCCGCCUUGAUGGAUCGGAAAAGGUUGGGCCACUUAGUGAAAAGGGUGAAAAGCUUGAGUUUAAAAGAGGUCACAAUAUCCAAAAAGAUAACAUUUGCUUGUCUGAGCUUUUAGAUUUUAAAAUAAGCUUAUUCAACAACCAGGAAAAGCCAGAAACUGACCAGGAGCAACAAGGCAACAGCUCUUUAAAUUAUAACUUUGUUGACCUUGACAGUUUUUUCCCCAGAGCAAAGAGUGAUAAUACGAUUAACCCGGACAAAAAUGAACAUGAAGCUAAAACUGCAGGUACUCAUGAUCAUAGUUCGUUUCAGAAUGCUCAGCCCCUCCAACAAGCUGUCACCCCAUCUCAAAAUUAUGAAAGAGAUGAUUUUUCUGAAUGGGAGGCAGAUUUUAGGUCUGCUGAUUCUGAAGUUCCAAGUGAUUCAAAGACAUUUAACCCUGCAACCGGCUCUACAGUUGAUUCUUCUAUAGGUUAUGCCAUUGAUCUUUCUGAGCACAUGGAUUCCAUCUUCGUAAAGAACUUAUGUGGGAGUGAAAAAGAAGACAAGUCAAAAACUUUGCAUAAAGUGAGCAAUUCGAGUUCAGGUGACUCUCAGAGUAAUGCUACAGCGGAAGUUUUUCAGAAAAAAGAGCCAUUUGACUCAAAGGUGGAAGUGAAUGAUUAUCAUCAACAAAAUAGUUCGGACAGUCCAACAAAUGUUGACUGGUUUGAAGAUAAACAGUGGCCAACUAGUUUGUCCAGUGCAGCAAACAUAGGAGAAGAUUCGAUUGAUGAGUGGAAUGAUUUUACCAGCUCAAGCAAUGUCAAAGAUCCUCAGGGAAAGGAAAGCACGCAAGUUGAAAAUCAGGCCGACUUUCAUUUGGACAGUAUAGUAUCUCAUACUGCCAAUGCACCCAAUUAUAAUUCAAUGGAUGUGGAUGGGGAUAUGUUUGAAGAUUGGAAUGAUUUCACAGCAUCAACUGUCAUAUCAGAAAAUGAUAAUGCUGCAAAUACUUCCGGAAACGUUUCAGGGUUGAACUUUUUUAGCUCUAAUGAGUUUGGCGAUAUGGAUUUUGGCAACUUUUCGCAUUCAGGGACUAAGAUUCCUGGACUAGAUCACUCCAUGGGCAGCAACAGCAGCAGCACGGUAGACAUCAAGGAUACUGGAAAGGCUGUGGUCGAGGGUGAUGGGGAUGAUAUCAACAAAAUGAAAACGAAAGAAUCAACUCCCCAGUCAGAUGGCGGCAAUGAUGAUGUAGUAGAAUAUUUUUUGUCGCAGAUGCAUGAUCUCUCAUUUAUGCUUGACACCAACCUUUCCAUCCCCUCCAAAUCACAUAGUAACAAUCCACCUCAUUGACCACCUCUCUAUAUCUCUGUUGACUUGCUCUGGCCACAAGGCCCACAACAUGCAUGUCUGCUAACUUAUUCUGGUUUCUGUUUGACUUCUUUAUAUAAAAAUGGGGUUCUCAUAAGUAGGGUCGUAAAUGAAUCGAAUAAUUUUGAUUCGAAUUCGAAAAUCUCGAUUCGAGUAAGUAGAAUACGAAUACGAAUAAAAAUACUAUGAUAUUCGAUUCGAACAAUAUUCAAAAAUAUUUGAAUUAUAUUGGUAUAUAUAUUUAUAUAUAUUCAUACAAUAUACACUACUUAUAAAUAAA